AUGCGAGCAGAGUUUUCAGGAAUUGUUAAGCAGCGGUUAGUCACAGUUGCAGUGUUGAUCAUUCCAUUAGAGGAUUGUGGUUACGUGAUCUAUAGUGACGCAUCGCAGAAAAAGCUCAGGUGUGUCUUGAUGCAGCAUGGAAAGGUUAUCAUAUACGCUUCUCGCCAACUCAAGGAGUACGAGAAGAACUACCCAACGUAUGACUUGGAGCUGACAGCGGUGGUGUUUGCGUUAAAAAUCUGGUUGCAUUACCUAUACGUGCCUGCAUCAGUCUCAGCAAUUGUGGUUCAGCAUAAGAUUGAGAUGGACCUGGAAAGGUUGGGUGUGGAAUUAAUGGAAGAAAAUCACCAGGCGACUAUAACUAGUCUAAUUAUCCAGCCAACCUUACAGGAGAAAAUUAAAGCCGCUCAGAUAAGAGACGUGGAGUUGAUGGAAAUUGUGGAGAAAGUAAUGAGUGAGCAGCAACCAAACUUCAAUGUUUCUGAGGAUGGAGUUCUCACAUUUCAUGUUAGAUUGUGUGUGCCUGAUGAUGCGGAGAUUAAAAAGACGAUUCUGGAGGAGACUCAUCGCUCUCUUUAUAUUGUUCAUCUUGGAAGCACGAAAAUGUAUAAAGAUCUGCAAGAAUUGUUCUAG